AUGGGAAAGAAUAGACCGAAUUCGUCACGACAUCGUAGUAGAUUUGCCCGCCACUAUGGCAACGACAAUAAGCGAAGCGAGCCAGCUAUGAGAUCAGAUUCAUUGUCAAAUUCAGUCAAAGAAGGUUUCCUAUCAGAUUCAAAUCUAAUCGAAUAUGUUUCGCUCAAACUUACCGCGACUGAACUUUUUUUUUUCCAAGACGGUGAAAUACGUUCGACUAGUAUUCCGAUGCCAUUGGCGAUGUGGGACUUUGAUCAUUGCGAUCCCAAACGAUGUUCGGGUAAGAAACUUGCUAGGCUGAAAGUAGUCAACAUCAUUAGGACUACGCACAGAUUCAAAGGAAUAGUGUUAAGUCCAAAUGGCACUCAGGCGGUCUCGCCAGCCGACCGGUCGAUAGUAGCCGAACACGGGUUAGCCGUUGUCGAUUGUUCAUGGGCUAGAUUGGAAGAUGUCCCGUUUAAAAAAUUAAAGACAUCUCAUGAUCGAUUGCUGCCGUAUUUAGUUGCCACUAAUCCAGUAAAUUAUGGCCGACCAUGGAAACUGAAUUGCGCUGAAGCCUUUGCUGCAUGUUUCUAUAUUACAGGCUUCCCCGAGUACGCAGAAGAAGUCCUAGGCAAGUUCAAAUGGGGCCAUGCAUUUGCCAAAGUCAACGGAGAACUCCUUGGACUAUAUUCUGGAUGCAAGGAUUCAACAGAAGUUGUCAAAGUGCAAAAUGAAUGGCUCGACAAGAUUGAGCAUGAACGUGUCCAAAAGCUGGAGAAUGGUGCGUGGAUAGGGAACAGUUGUGAUUGUCACUUUUAUUACCUACGUGUAGCCACAGAAACUCUCUUAUUCGACUGCAUCUUUAAUAUCUACAUAUUAUUUUCUAGCUGA